AAGGCUAUGGGAGGAACCACGCCGUGAGAUUUCUUCAUUGCAACCCACACGUGACUCUGCAGCAGUUCCAGGUGGUUUGAGCUAAAAGGGAGAAUAUGGAACUGAAGUGGAUGCUGUGUGUCCUAUUGCUGGGCCUGAGUUGGAGUGCUACCCUGGCUCAGGAGGAAGGAGAUGAUGUGGACAUCGAUGUGGAGGAUGAGGUGGGGGAUGCAGAUGAGGCAGCAGUGGAGAGUGAAGAUGCCGCCCCCAGCUCCCCUCCCCCUCCCAGGGUUACCUAUAAGCCUCCAGUUCCAACAGGGGAUGUGUUCUUUGCCGAGUCCUUCGAUAAAGGAACAUUGGAUGGAUGGGUUGUGUCAAAAGCUAAGAAGGAGGACGCUGACGAGGAGAUCGCAAAGUAUGAUGGACAGUGGGCUGUGGAAGAAAUGAAGAGCUCCAGACUUCCAGGGGACAAAGGUCUGGUUCUGAAGUCUCGGGCCAAGCACCACGCCAUCUCUGGCAAACUGAAGAGGCCUUUUGUCUUUGACACCAAGCCUCUCAUCGUUCAGUAUGAGGUGAAUUUCCAGAAUGGGAUUGACUGUGGUGGUGCCUAUGUGAAACUUCUCUCCAAAACCCCAGACCUGGACCUGGAUCAGUUUGUGGAUAAGACUUCAUACACCAUCAUGUUUGGCCCUGACAAGUGCGGUGAGGAUUACAAACUGCACUUCAUCUUCCGACACAAGAACCCCAAAACAGGAGAGUACGAGGAAAAGCACGCCAAGAAGUCAGAAACUGACCUCCGGACGUACUACAGCGACAAGAAAACCCAUCUCUACACCUUGGUCUUGAACCCCGACAACAGUUUUGAGAUCCUGGUUGACCAGACAGUGAUCAACAGUGGGAACCUGCUGAGCGAUAUGAGCCCUGCUGUGAACCCCCUGCCAGAGAUUGAAGACCCUGAUGACCAGAAGCCUGAAGACUGGGACGAGAGGCCCAAGAUCCAGGAUCCUGACGCCGUCAAACCUGAGGACUGGGAUGAAGAUGCCCCAGCGAAGAUCCCCGACGAGAGUGCUGUCAAACCAGAGGGCUGGCUGGAUGAGGAGUCUGAAUAUGUUUCUGACCCUGACGCGCUCAAGCCCGAGGACUGGGAUGAAGAGAUGGACGGAGAGUGGGAAGCCCCCCAGAUUGCCAACCCUAAAUGUGAGGCAGCGCCAGGCUGUGGAACCUGGGAGCGCCCCAUGAUCGACAACCCCGACUACAAGGGCAAGUGGAAGGCACCAAUGAUGGACAACCCCAACUACCAGGGAGUGUGGAAGCCAAGGAAGAUCCCAAACCCUGAUUUCUUUGAGGACCUGCAUCCCUUCCGCAUGACCCCGUUCAGUGCCGUGGGCCUGGAGCUCUGGUCCAUGACCUCUGACAUCUUCUUCGAUAACUUCAUUGUGUGCUCGGACCGUGCCGUGGCAGAGCAGUGGGCUAACGAUGGCUGGGGUCUGAAGCAGGCAGCUGAGGGAGCCGCUGAGCCCGGGCUGGUGGGUCAGAUGAUGACGGCUGCAGAGGAGCGUCCUUGGCUCUGGGUGGUCUACGUCCUCACCGGGGCCCUGCCCGUCUUCCUCAUCGUCGUCUUCUGCUGUUCUGGAAAGAAAACUCCAUCUGAUGCCAAGUACAAGAAGACAGAUGCACCACAGCCUGAUGUGAAGGAUGAUGCAGAGGAGAAAGAGAAGAAAACUGAGGGGGAAGAGCAGGAGGAGGAGGUGGAGGCGGAGGAGGAGAAGCCAGGUAAGAACUCUCCUGAAGAGAAGCAGACAAGUGACGGUGAGGACAGUCCUGCGAACAAAAGCCAGGACGAGGGGGAAGAAGAGGAUGAAGAAAAUGAUGAUGAUGAUGAUGCUGCUAACAAAACGGACGAGAUAAAAGACGACGAUGUCUUACGAAGAUCCCCUAGAAACAGAAAGCAGAGAAAAGACUAAACUACAGCCACCUCAAGUAGCAGUCUGGCAGUCUUCAAUUUGCAACAUCUUCUGGACUAUUUCACUGCAGCAGCAACAACCAUCACCACAAAAAAAGGAAACAAUCAAACUAUGGACAUCAUGAUUCCAAAUAGAAUAGAGACUGGCUUUAUAAAAAGAAUACUAGAUAAAAAACCGUUCAUUUUAAUGCAGCAGAAACUAGCCUUGGGCCCCCCCCCCCCCCCGCCCCAAUAAAUCUUUAUUACUCAAGCAAAAGACAGAUAACACCAGGCACCUCCAGGGUUUGAAUUAGCAGGAGCCACUGGCAACUGUUAUGCUUCUAAUGUGCUUUGCUUGUUUCACCUAUGUGUGGCCUGUAGGAGGCAGUGUGGCAUGUUUUUAUUUAGCCAAAAGGUAAUGGUUUCAAAUAAAGCAACAAGAGGUACAUGGCACAGGUUAAACUUGCAUAUUUUGAAACAUUCCUGUUAAAGCAAGGGCUUUAACAUUAUAAGCUUGUGGGUGGAAACUUGAAUUGAAUAUCACGGUUUACAUAGCUCAUUUGUAUUUACAGUGAUAUACAUAAAAAAAAAAGUCGUCUGAAAAGGGACAAACCUUACUUAAUUUGACGUUAAUUGGUGGGCUUUGUUCUGGGAGUAGUGUUCUCUGGAGGGUUUGGUUGAGCACAUUAACUUAUUUCCUGUUAAUAGCUCAAGAUCCAAAAGCUGAAAUUUCACUUUUUUGCAAUCCUUAAAUUUAACAUUUGUUUUGAUAUGUUCUUUUCUCUGUUGCUUAGUCCAAUUGCUCCUCCCCCUGCCCUCCAGGUUAGAGAAAGCUGCCUUAUUGUAAAAGAGGAGUUGAAUGCCAGGAUUGAUGAAUGAGUUCUUGAAUGUAAUGUGAAAAAGGGGGGUUUUAUAUAUUGUUACUUUAAUAGUAGUUUCAACAUUUGUUUUAAUUUUUUUUUUUUAAUUCUUUAACACAUUCUAAAAUUGUUUUAAUGUAAAACGACAGUUUCCUGAUAUGCAUCUUUCAAAGAAAACAAAAAGACUCGUGGGAAGAAAUGGGUUCUGUUUUGGUUUGACACUCCUAGGAUAUAAAGGCACAGCAGAAUCUCCCUGUAGAGCACCAUGCUAAAGAAAUAUACCUCAAGGACGAUCAUUGCUGAUUUAAAAUUGAAGGGAGGACAGGGAGCAAUGAACCAAAGGGCUGAUGUUGUGACUCAGUUUGGGAAUUUUCCACACCAAUGUAUUAUUGAAUGGGUGUGACUUAACUGCGACAGAGUCACCCGUGUCUAUCCAGCUUCAUCUGUCAUUUUAUUUCUUGCUCAUUAAAAUAGUCCUAGCAUCACACGUCAUUGAAACACAUUUUAAAUACACUAAAUUUAACCUCUCUAAAUAUAUUCCAGUGCAGCAAUGGUAACGUUUGGAUGGUUUAAAUCUCAAAUAAAAUAAAUCUGUUUAAUCUUCUUUGCCUUAAUGGUGCAAAUAAUACCCCUCUUCCAUGAGAUUGCUCCAAUAAGAACAGGCAUGGCUGUACUUAUUGGCAAUGUUAUAUAGCAACGAUAAAUAUAGCAUCACUAACAUGUCUCUUGGUGGUACUAUAAUUCUGUUUAACCCAGCCCCGUAUACUGUAUGUACAUGUAUUUCACCUUGGGUUAGCAGAAAUCAUGUUAAAUCUAUGGCUUGCCCAUUUUAAAUGUAUACAAUUCAGCCGGCACUUCUCAAACACCAUCUAGAACUACUUCACAGUAAACGUACAAAAUAACUGAUGACACUAUUGCUAGUUACACUGCAACUCCUCUGUAGACGACUAGAAUGUAUUUUUUUUUUUUUAAGUUACUAAUGAAUUAAGUUGCACUGUGUACAACAUCCUGGCCAGUGGAAUCGGAAGCCCUUUGAGCUCUAACCCCAAGACUUAAGAAUAGGCACUUUGAAGUAACUUUGAGGAGUAUUUGUUAUGUGAUUAAUUUGUACUUGGCUGUACCUGAAAAUCUGCUGGGAGAUGUAGUUAGUUUGGUGAUUGAUGCCCAUAUAAACAACAUUAGUGUGCUGGUUCCAGCCUUCCUAACCCUACAACACCUAAGUACAGUAUUUACUUGUGAUAGAUUUUUGCCUUAGGAGUGUUAAACAUCUUUUUAACAUACAUUCAUUUUUAAGGUAAUUCUGUAAUUAUGAUGGGAUGGGGGAGAUGAAAUGUACACAGUUUGAGAAAAUUCUUAAAUAAGAAGUGCGGAUAAUAUAAUGACAUCAGAUUUUGUCCUGAUAAGCUACUUUUAAAUCAUGUGGCAGAUUGGGGAACAAUAUAGAUAUUUAUUUUCCCUUGGGUCUGUUUGGAUGCCUGUUGCUACAGAAGGAGCCUGUUUGAUAUGCAGAGGUGGAAGACUGCUAAAUUAUGCUCCAGAGAGCUAAGGGACAAGAGGCUCUUGCUCUGGUCCCUGUAGCAUUUCCCCCCUUUAUCCUUUUGAAUAUAUUUAUUUUUCUAACCAAGUAGGGUUUUUUGCCAACCCUUUGGACAGACUGUUCAUCUGCCUUCCUUUUAGACAAUAGGCUUAGUCAAUCUUGCCUGGGUUCUUUCCCCAUCCUACAUUAAUAUUGUGUCUGUGGAAAAUGAAUAUCCCUGGUAAACCAGUAUCCAAUGCCUCAAAUAGUUUUGAAUUGGGGGCACUAGCUGAUUUUCUCCCAACCUUGUCUAAUCUGGGAUAAAAGAUCUGGAUUUGCUUUUCCUUAGAACUCCCUACUAACCACAGAUCUUCCCACAUGUACUAUUCCCUGUAAUUUGAGUGGCUUGCCUGUCAAUCUUGUAUAGUUAUGGUGAGUUUUUGUAUGGGCGUGGGCCCUGCAGAGUACCUUACCAGUAGCAUACUGGACCCUACAGAACCUUUAAUCAUGCAGAGUAGAACAAUAGAAACAUUUUGCAAUGCUUUUUUUAACAUUAACAACUACAUUGAUGAUGUUGAAAACAAGUAUUGUUCUUGAUAUCAUCAGUUCAGCAUAUUUAAAAUGAAAUUUUGUCAGCUAUUACAUUUCUUGAUAUCUGAAAUUCAAUUUUAAGAGUGGGGACAAAAGAAAAGUUUUAAUAAUUGAAUUUCUCACUGAAGAAAGGUAAUGUCCAAAUCAUAACAAAGAGUAAGAAACUGUUCUGAACUUCAAAUGCUAUCAUUUAUAAAUAGAAAGAUGAGAUGUACUUGCUAUUGAAAAAUAAAAAUACUGAUAACCUGA